UGACAAACAUGGCGCUCAAACACCACACCAGUCUUGUUGCCAUGUGAAAUUCGUGCGAAAUGGCAAAGGUUCAGACCCCACGUGAGAAGGUGGGUCAACCCGCUGUGAAGGAGGAGACCAACCCCAAACCCAUAAGAAGAAGAAGGGAAAAACGCAACUACUGUAUUUUAUGUCGUAAGUCAUAUUUGAAACAUGAAGCGCAAGAGCAUAUGCACAGCAUGCUGCAUCACAGGGAGAUGGAAACAGCGCUGGGCAAAAAUUCAUUUCAUGAAUGCCAGGCAUGUAGAGCAUCCUCCAUGGGUUUAAAUGAGUAUGCCCAGCACAUCUCUACAGCUCAACACAAAGAUAAGUUGAAGAGCUUGAUGGCUAGAAAUGUGAAGGCUGUUCCGCUGGAUAAGACUCUGAACAAAGAGACCGUGAACAGAAUCCUGGAGAGAAACAAGACUCUAAAGAAAGAGGAGAAGAAAAUUAUGAAAAAGAAAAAAAAGAAACAGAAGCAGGUAGCUGGUCAGAAGUAUGCAAAUUUGCAAUCGGUGAUCACCAGAAAAAACAAAGUGGCAUCCAGAAUAGUAAAUCCUGAACAAUCCAAAAAAGCAAGCUGGAGGACACUGAAACAUAUGCAAGAAACUCACCAGAAAGGAAGUGGUCAUGCUGUUGUUCAGAACAAAGAGAACAAAAUAUCCAGUAGGCAUGAUAAGUACUUUUCUGUGAGCAACCAAAUUAACACCCAAGGACAGCAAUUAUCAUGGCCUGCCAUCAGCCAUAACUGCUACAAUGAUCAAUAUGAUACAGACUUCACCACUGAUCACCUCCCUAUAAAUCGAUCCAUCUUCAAUCAAGACCAAGAUGGGAGGCCAAGUACUUCACAGCCAGGACAAGAACAAGCUGCUAAUUCUGCUAACACAUCCGCCAAUGCUGCGCCCAUACGGGAUAUGGAUGUCAGCGCAAUGCUUAGGCAAAUCAGAAGGGCGCUGGGUGUGAGGGAACCAUGUAGAGCAGAUCGUGAAGCUCGGAAGCAGAGCAGCGAGGCAGAUGCCCGAGUGACCGAUCAUUGCACCGCUCAACAAGUUGGAACAAGGAAAGAGCAGCCAGCAGGUGGCUCCUUCAGGAACCACAACAGUGAAGCUGCAGAUGCAUGUGUGCAGUUUCUACCUGCUAAGCAGACAACUUCUGUUCCAGUCAGGGGAUGUCAGACCACAUCUGCUGAGCCCAAGGUUCGAAUUGCCCACAAACCAAGCAAAGAUCAGGGGGGAAAAGAGGAUGGACUUAAACCAAGUAUGCAGAAGUUGCUCACUUUAUCAGGUGCCAGAAGUCAGUUGAACUGGAGGGAUAUGAGAUGGAAAAGACAGGAGAAGAGUAAUGGCAUGCCCAGGUUUGGAACUGAGUUGGGGAACCCUUUCUCUGACCAAGAAUACUCAGUGCAGGCGGAGGACAACAACAUGCCGCUUUCAGAGGGCUUCCACUGGGAGUCACUUCCAGGCACUCAUCCAAGUACACACUGGCCCCAGCGUCCUCCACCCCAGUACACAACAGAUAAAGACUCUCUCACCGAGACACGGUCCAGUUCUGGGAUGCAGGAGGGUGUAGGGCAGUCUUCUUCAACACAGGAGGGCAGCAGUCAGACAGCAGCAGCAGCAGUGCCAGUGAAAGUGGAACCAAACCUGGGAGAUGAAAACAGAGAUUUGAGAGACGACAGCAGUGCCAACAAGAGGAAACACAACUUAAAUGAUGGCAUUUCUGAUGUGAACCCAGGUGGAAAAAAGAAGAAAACAAAGUCAAACAAGGACCAGGGCCAAAUGGACCAGCUGUUGGCAGUGUCUUUGAGGGAGGAGGAGCUGAGCCAUUCACUGCAGGAUUUGGACAAGUCUCUGGUCCAGGCCCGCAAUGCAUUGCAAGCUGCCUAUGCAGAAGUCCAAAGACUCCUGCUGCUGAGACAGCAGUUUACUGCUGAGGUCAACAGUCUGAGAGCCAAACGGAUUGAGAUCCUGCAGGGGAUGCAAGAAGGAUAUACAGGAGGAUCAAACGCUGUGGAGAUAGCCUCCACCUCAUCAGCAGGGGCAGCUGAUACCUCCAGCCAGCUACCAUCUGCCUCAAACCCAGUGUCUUCCAUCAACCAGCAUCCUCCAACCUCUCUGUCCCUGCCAAGCAUUUCAGUAAAGCAAGAAAUCUACCGACCACCCAGCGCUGGACAGCCAAGUCUGUUAGCCCAAACCAUCUCGUGUAAUGCUGAUGGACCUCGUGUGGCCUUGUUUCCCUCUGAUCUGCUGCUACUCUCACCGCCACACUUGGCUGCUUCCACAACUGCUGCUACCUCUUCCAUAAAACUCAGGCCAGGGUGUUCCACAUCGGUGAAUACGCCACCUGCUGCCGAGUCUUCCUACAAGCAGCAGGAGCCCGUGCCAAAGGAAGGGUUAAAUGUGAGUGUGAAGAGUGAAAGUUUAGCAAGGGAAGAAAUAGUGUUGGUUGAAAGUCACUCUGAGGAGGAGAUGGCAAAAAAUGUCAGCAAUGUGAAAGGGAAAGAGUUGACAGCAGUAAAGUCAACUUUUGCCCCUGAAAAAGAUAAAAACGCAUCGACUGCAGCAUCAGACGACGAUGGAGGGAAUGAGAGCGAUAACUCGGUGGAAAUGAUGGAGCCCUCCAACCUGGUGGUCAUUGAUAUUGACGAAUCAGAUAAGGAGGACUCACCUGAGACUGUCUCAAAUGUUACAGCUAAUCAAGAGCCUCCUCAGCAGUCUGUCAGUGUGGACUUCAGUUCUGCAACCACACAGACACUUCAGCAGGAUGUUGAGAGAAAAUUUCAGCCAGUGAAAGAGGCGAAUAUUCAACCUGAGUCUGAUCAGCCAGUCAGUGAUGAGGAACCGUUCUUUGGUGCCUUCGUAAACCACACAGGCCCCGUCCACGGCCUGCAGGUCCACGAUGGCUUCUUGUACACAUGCUCAGGGGACAAAACAGCACGAGCCUACAAUCUGGUGAACGGAGAGUGCCACGCAGUGUUUGAGGGCCACACAAACAAAGUCAACUGUUUGCUGGUGUCAUCGCCCACGAACAUGCCUGCACGCCUCUACACCGGCUCCAGUGACCAGACGAUUUGCUGUUACAGCAUAAAGUCUAAGAAGUGUCUGGAGCAGAUCCCUCUACCAGACAGAGUGUUGUGUUUGCACAUAGCCUGGAACAUCCUGUACGCUGGGCUCGCCAAUGGAUCAGUGGCAAGCCAUGAUCUGAAGACUCUGAAACAGCUGGAUGUCUUGGAGUGCCAUGGCCCACGAGGUGUCAGCUGCCUGGGUACGUCCCAGGAGGGCGCCCGCCGGGUGCUGCUGGUUGGCUCCUAUGACAGCACCAUCAGCGUACGAGAUGCCAGGAACGGUCUGCUGCUGCGCACGCUGGAGGGUCACUCCAAGACUGUACUCUGUAUGAAAGUGGUGAAUGACCUGGUCUUCAGUGGCUCCAGUGAUGCAUCUGUUCAUGCCCACAACAUCCAUACGGGUGAGUUGGUUCGUAUCUACAAGGGUCAUGGUCACGCAGUCACAUCCAUUGUCAUCUUGGGGAAAGUUAUGGUCACAGCCUGUCUGGAUAAACUGGUUCGAGUUUAUGAACUGCAGUCCCAUGACCGCCUGCAGGUGUACGGUGGACAUAGUGAUAUGGUGAUGUGCAUGGCUGUCCAUAAGAGUGUGAUCUACACGGGUUGUUAUGAUGGAAGUGUCAAAGCAGUAAAGCUCAACUUGAUGAAGAACUUCCGCUGCUGGUGGCCGAAUUGCAGUCUGAUUUUCGGCAUGGCGGCGCACCUACAGCAGCACCUCAUCGGAGACCACAGCAACCCAAAUCUGCAGACGGUCAAAUGCCGCUGGAGAGGCUGCAACACAUUCUUUUCCACACAGCAGCAAGUUAGACAGGAACUUCCCAAACACAUGCAGAGCCACGUGGACAAAGACAGUAAGGUGCAGCCUUGACGAGGCUAGAGUUCACACUCCAACUGGUCACCAAGUUCUUUUCAGGAUUUUCAGUUUUUGUGGUUACAUUACUGUUAGUUUCCAAUGGGAAUUUUUCCUGUUUUUCUAGCAUUUUUUCUUUGACCUCAGAUGUUCUCUAACAUCUGUUUUGUUGAAACUGUGAUAGUGAGAGGAGACUUGUUAUUGAUCCCUGAAGCUAUUUUAUGGAGGGAUUCAGAUAUGCAGUGUUUAAUUCUGCUCAGUGUCAAAAUGCCAAAAAAAAAACAGUCAUGCACCAUUCUGUGUCUCAUUCAGUCUCUAAUGAACAUACACAGUUUUAACAGGCCUGCUUUUUGUUAUUUUCAGCAAUUGUUCAUCAUCUUGCAUUCAUUUAUAAUGUUUUGCAUCUUUACACUUGUAUACCAUCUUUUAAUGAACUAAACCUGUUUUAAUUUCCCAGAGAAUUUUCUAGGCAUUGUCUCAAUCCCUUUUGUUUAGAAAACACAUCUUUUUCCUUGUGGGAAAUUGGAUAAAGUGAUAAAGGAUGUCAAAUGCAGACCAAACUGUCAGAGAGUAACUUGUAUGAAGCUGUAUAAAAGUCAUGCCUUAAUAAUUGUAUGUACUGUACAUUACUGUAUGUAUUACAUUUGUAUUUAAUACCUAAAGUAUGUGUACAGCAGUAAAAUUGUAUGUAUAAUAGUGUUUACCUGCAUUAUAUUUUAAAAAUGAGA